UGCGCCGAGCCGCGGAGCUUCCUGCGGGGCAGCAGACCCUGCGUCAAGUACACUGGGCACUAUUUUAUAACCACUCUGCUCUACUCGUUUUUCCUGGGUUGCUUUGGAGUGGAUCGAUUCUGCCUGGGCCAUACCGGGACCGCUGUGGGGAAACUGCUAACCCUCGGAGGACUGGGGAUCUGGUGGUUCGUGGAUCUGAUUCUCCUCAUCACUGGCGGGGUGAUGCCCAGCGCGGAAAAAAAAGGCAGCAACUGGUGCACCGUGUACUGA